AGUAACAUCAAUAAACAUCAUGUCUUUUUGGCAGAAACCAAAGCCAAAGAUCUCAGCAUCUCGCAGACUAUACUUAAAGACCAAGCUGCUGAAGCAUGCUGCGACUAUGGUCCAGGCUGACAAGGAGCAGAAAGUAUUGGACAGAGAGCGGAUCCUGAGUGAGAGGGGUCCGCCACUCAACCUGUCUGGCUUGUCUAUACAGGACCUUCAAAAUCUUUGCAAGGAGUUACAUCAGAAAAUAGAUGUCGUUGAUGACGAGCGCUAUGACGUCGCCUCAAAAGUGUCCAAGAAUACUAAAGAGAUUGAAGAUCUUUCUCAUAAGAUCUUUGAGCUAAAGGGCAAAAUGAAGAGGCCAAAUCUGAAGAGGGUGAGAGUGUCUGCGGACGCCAUGCUGGGGGCUCUUCUGGGCGCCAGGGUCAAAGAGUCUGUCGACUUCAAGGCCAACCUUAAGACAGUGAAGAAGGAAGAGGAGAAAAAAGAGGAGGUUACUGACUGGCGUAAGAACGUUGAUGCCAUGUCAGGAAUGGAGGGCAGGAAGAAGAUGUUUGCUUCUUAAUUAUGGGUGGGGCAAUUCAAUCAAGUGGCUGUUUAUAUAAUGACAGUCAAGACACAGACGCUUCAGGGGUCUCUUGAACGACAUGUAAAUUGAUUUAUGUGUAUGUGACUUGAACCCAUCAUGUCAUAUGUUGAUACUCAAACUCAAUAGACACUUAUUUCAUUUGUACAUAAUAAUUUGAGUAACACUUGAUCAUUUUUUCUUGAAUGCUUGUGAAAUGUCAAAUUUUGUAUUUGACAAUAAAACACUGAAUCCCACAUACA